GAUUUAGCAUUCGAAAGAUUUAUCACUUUUAUCUGUAUAAUUUCAGUUCAGCAGAUUUCCGGAAAGACAUCUUUCGCAAGAGGUGUAGGUGAUUGAGCGGACAGCUAUAGUAUAAAGAGCCGGUUCUUCAAUUUGCCGAUCAUUCGAUUCAUCACGAAUUUUGUGCAAUCGAUUUCCGGUGCCAGAUGGAUACAUCAAGAUCUCAAGACAAUGGAUUUCUGAAUCCAAAAAUUGUCGAAAAAUCGAAAAGUGCUCGUCAAAUCUUCGCAGCCGUAUCUGCUACUCUGAUCCUGAUUGCUAGUGGAUUUCACAUAGGAUGGGCGUCUCCGUCUUUGGCAAAGCUGCAGGCUAAAGACUCCGACAUCUUGGUUACGUCAAGCCAAGGUUCUUGGAUCGCUAGUUUUCUUCUAAUGGGUAGCAUCUUUGGGACGAUACUUUCUCUCUUACUGAUCGACAGAUGGGGCAGAAAGACGCUACUACUUUUAAUGUCAGUCCCUUUAUUCGUUUCGUGCGUACUCAUUGCUGUCGCACAAACCUACUGGUGGUUUUACCUGGCACGGUUCAUCGCUGGCAUUGGCAAUGGUGCUAUUUUCACUGGUAUGCCAAUUUACGUAAGUGAAAUUGCUGAAGACAGAAUGCGCGGAGCCUUUGGGAUUCUGGUUACAGUUAUGAUGAAUUUAGGAACCCUUAUGUCAUAUGGAAUUGGUCCUUGGGUGAACCGAGCUACUCUUGCAGCGGUUGGUGCUGUCGUUCCCGUUGUCUACACCUUGACGUUUAUCUGGAUGCCGGAAUCGCCGUACUAUUUUGCGAUGAAGAGAGUUCACAGAAAGAGCGAAAAGAGUCUAAAAUGGCUAAGAGGGAUAUCCGACGUUGCCGAAGAGACGAAAAAAAUUCAAAUGAACGUCACGUUGAAGCGAAAGGAUGUUAGAUCGAUAACGGAGCUGUGCACAGUUAAGGGAAAUCAAAAAGCACUAGUCAUCAUGAUUGGGCUGCUGACUUGCCAACAGGCUUCCGGAAUCACAGCGAUUUUAGCUUACUCGACGAUCAUCUUCAACCAGGUGGACUCUGGGCUCAGCACCGGUAUUUUCAUAAUCAUAUUGGGAAUCGUUAAGCUGACAACUGCCGCCAUGGUAAUCUUCUUAGCUGACGUGGCGGGAAGAAGACCUUUGCUUCUCACGUCCAUAUCACUAAGCACACUCUUCUUAUUCGCCGAAGCUGUUUACUUUCAUCUACAAGCCAACGGAGCCGAUUUGACGGCGGUCUCGUGGCUUCCACUGGUGGCAAUGAUUGCAUUUUUGGUCAGCUACACAUCGGGCAUGGGAACUAUACCGAUGGUAACAACCGCCGAAAUAUUUCCCUGCGAGGUCAAGGCCUUAGCCAUGACUGCAGCUGUUACCUACAUGUGCGCAGCUGGAAUUUGCGUUACCAAAUUGUACCAAAUCGUUUCGGAUGCUUACGGCAUCCACGUAGCACUGUAUAUAUUCACAGUCUGUAGUACGGUGUCAACGGCGUUCAUAUUCUUUGUUGUUCCCGAGACGAAAAGGCGUUCGCUAAAUGAGAUUCAAGACGAACUUCACGGAGUUACGAAACCAAUGCUGUGAAUGUAUAUUUUGAUGUAUACUUUCGACUGAAACUUGUCGUGAAAACGAGCAAUGGCGCAGAAUUAAAUUGCGGAAGAAUGUGGGAAAACUGGACGGAG